AUGACUCGUGAUUUUCAUCUUCCAGAUCAUGUGAGUCCCCUCUUCCCAGUCCCUCACGGUUCACAAAAUCUGAGAGCUCAUAGUAGUCUUUUUUUCUUGUAUGAAAGUUCUUGUCUUUUACCUCCGUAUGCGCAGCAUAUGCCUCCGUUCUCACAAGUGCCCACAAUGCCCAAGAAAUUAGGGCUGGCCGUAAGGCAGCUUUGUUCGCAGUGCGAUCCAGGCUGACAAGGCUCACGCUUUGCAAGCUAAAGAUGAAAUGGUCAAAUAAUAUUUAACUAAAAGCACUUCUUUUCGGAAUUUAGGGGGUUACUAGUCAAACUCGCUUCCUGGUUUAAAUUUCAGAAUUUUUGUAUUCUUACAAAACUUUAUCAUGACAAUAUCUUGAUCCCUUUGGUCAUCAAAACAAAAGUUGCGGGUUUCUUUUAAGUCACUGUUAUAAGAAAACAGUCCUUCAUCAAAAUUUUUGACAAACGGAUUUAGUUUUACUUAUGACAUCAAAUGUGGCACUAAGAGCGUAAAAAGGCACUCGUGCCGUAAGAUGGUGUUUCAUUUAUAUUGAUCAUCUGUGAUCUUUAACUGAACAGAAAUAAAGAAAAACUACAAGCGUGCCACGUUUGACUUUUGAACAGACUCUGUUGAUUCUUUUUCAUUAAUUUCUUCCCAAAUUGUUUAAAUAUCACCAAAACUUUGAUCUUUAGAACUUUAAUCCCUAAGAGUGACUAGCAUCUAAUUUUUCUCUACAUUAUCGCCCCUUAAAUCAAACAGUUACAUCAUGAGAAAAGAGGGAUAUUGGUCACCAAAAAAACUCUUGAUUGUUAAACAAAUUCUCCUUGUCAGCACAUUAGGAAAUGUACAGAGAAAAGUCUGGAGAAUAUGCAUACUGAUGUUUAAGCGUAAAGGGUUUAUGAUAGAGUGGAGUGCCAUGUUGCACAAUGAAAGUAGACAAUUUUCAUAUUAAGUCAACUAUACGACUGUACUUUUAAGGAGGAGAAGGAGAAAAAGCAAAUGUUCGAAGAAUGAAACUCGACCAAAUAAGUAAUAAUGUGGAAAAGUUACCCAUGGCUCUUCAUCUUUAAAGUCGUCAAGCUUCAAUUUGGAUCGCAGGAAGGAGGAGCUAACCCAGGUGAUUGAUAGCAAGGCAACCAGAGUAACAAGCGCAAACUUCAUAGUUGUGAGAAUACCUGAAAGCGAUUUCUAG